AGUUUAAAGCGGCUUCCAUUUCAUUUAUGCCAUCCAUCUACUACCGGCCUACUUCUGUUCACUGUUAUCAUGUCAAAAUCAGUGGAGUCCUGCGUCGGCAGGCAGCGCACGCACCUGAGCACUAGAAAUAGCGACUAUCAAAAUGCAUUACGAUGGUAUCUUGGAUCACGUUGGGCACUUCGGCAAGUACCAAAAGCUCGUUGUCCUGGCUCUAUGCCUGAUGCAAGGUCCAUCGGCGUGUCAGUUCCUAGCUCAAGUGUUUCUGGCCGCCAACACCGAUCAUUGGUGCUUGAUUCCGGCAAGCGAGGCUAUCAACUGCACUCAACUUCAGCUGAAGUCUGUGUCCGCCUGUCAGGAGGAACAGAAGAACGAGAGCAUACCGUAUGAGCUGGACGACGACGGGAAGCGAGUUUACUCCUCGUGUGAGCGGUACGCGACUGCUGAGGACGAUGGCGAUCAAGGUUGGAAUUCCACGGAUGUCAUCGCCUGUGAUGCUGGGUGGGAUUUUGAUCGAUCGCGCUACAAGUCCACAAUCAACGACGAGUUCAGUCUAGUUUGUGAGCGGGAAGAUUUCGCUGAUAUUGCUCAAUCUGUGUGGUUCGCUGGUACACUUGUGGGCUCUUUAGUGUGGGGAUCGGUCGCUGACUGGCUUGGCCGAAAGGCAGCGUUCUUCCUAAGUCUUUCUCUCGUCUCCAUUUCAUCCAUUUUGACGAGUUUUGUACCCACCUUUUCGGCUUACAUGGCUGCGCGGUUCAUCACGGCAGCUUGUGGCUAUGGUGUCAGCUUGAUCGCGUCGAUUGCUUCAAAAGAGUUAGUUGGGCCCUGGAAACGAGUUUUGGUUGGUGCCAUGCACUCGAUUGCCUUCGCGGUGGGGUAUAUGCUUCUAUCCUUUGCGGCUUUCUUCUUACGAGAAUGGCGCCAUUUACAGUUGGCAAUAUCACUUCCUUACGUCGUUGCGUUCCUGCUGAUCCCAAUCUUUCCUGAGUCACCGCGUUGGCUGAUAUCAAAAGGCAAGUUCAAGGAAGCUACGAAGAUCAUCCGUAAAAUUGCCAAAGUCAACGGCACAACGGUUCCUGAGGACUUGAUCAAUAGUAGUCCAGAAAAUGCCGACGAACAGAAAAAGGAGAUUCGGUCUGAUACGGUACGGCGAGUGACACACUUGGAUCUCUUCCGAACCCCCAACCUCCGGAAGAAAACGUUGAUAAUUUUUCUUGAUUGGUUUGCUGCCGUCAUGGUGUUUUACGGGCUGUCUCUGAGUACUUCAGCCCUUGGUGUCGACGACUACAUCGCUGCCUUCGUGUCCGGAGCUGUUGAGAUUCCAAGCUACCUUUUCUGUUGGUUCAUAAUGGAGCGAAUCGGCAGGCGUCUCUCAUUGGUCGGAUUCUACAUUUCUGCAGGAGUAUUCUGUUUCAUCAGCAUUUUCAUUCCUUUGGGUCCAGCACGGGUGGCAGUAGCCAUGGCAGGGAAGUUUGCUGUUAGCGGGGCUUUCAGCCACAUCUACACAUAUUCAUGUGAAAUUUAUCCUACGGUUGUCAGGAGUAUCGGCAUGGGUAUGUCUUCCAUGGUGGGGCGUAUCAGCGGCAUUCUCUGCCCCAUCAUUCUGCUCCUUGGCAAGUACUGGGAACCGCUUCCUCUGUGUGUCUUCGGUGGCAGCUCCUUACUGGCCGGGACACUGUCGCUGAUGCUGCCAGAAACCUUGGGCUGUGACUUGCUGGACAGUAUCGAAGAAGGGGAGGAGUUUGGAAAGGGCCAGGGAUUUCAUCUGUUCAGCAAGAGUGACCCGGAUGCCACCACCACCGCUACCCAUCUUACCAACUACAUGCCUCUGUCGACGCUCGACAAACACUCUGAUGAGACCGUGUCUGUUUGAAAUUGUUUAAGUCGGUUUGUUACGCGACAAGUAACGUCUGUGUGUCGGCUAGUUUUCUCCGAAGGCAUUUCUAACGACAGGAAAGACUAUUUGUCCCAUAGGCCCAGCUUUUCGAAAGCUUAAACUCACUUUCGAUGUAGUGAGAUUAACUUUUCCUGUCUUUCUCUUCUCUGGUAUAUGGUUGUACAUAAUACUGAUUCUACAGUUUGACCGAUCCUUAAAUAUAUUUUCAUAUUCAGUUCAUUUGAAUAUUUUAAUUGUUUUAUGCUUCCAUACUUUUGUCGAAGCCUUUUAGAGGCCAUUAUUCAAGUUCAUUUUGUGUGGUCAUGGUUCCUUUUCUCAUUGAGAUACAUUUACCUGUUUAUGAUAUUGAAAUAUCCUUUGUGAUACUUUGUGCUCAGGCUUUCAUGGUCGUAUACGAGUCAAACGUGAGGUACUUAAUGUUCAUGCAGUUAGACAACUUCCAUUCAACUAUGUGGGCUGAACCUCCCCUUCCAAGCUGCACGUUACAAAGACUCAGAAUGGUUGACAGGUGUUUCAGCGGUCCUCUUUCUGCGCUAUUGUUCCCACUGUGUUGUCCUCAACGGCCCUAUCGGCUUCUGCAUUCCCAAGUUCCUCGUCCCCUUUUACGCUCACAAGAGCAACAAACUAACCGAAGAGGUCGGCCUGUUUACAGAGCGGAACUAAAGCUUUUCUGCUUUUCUUUAUUUUAGAGGUAAGCUUUUCUUUAUUUAGAUGUAAUCUGAUGUGUAUUGCCGUAGUUAGAGACACACAUUAAACACGAAGACUUCAUCAUUAACAUUUA